UCCAAGUGAGAUUAACGAGUAUUUACAUAUUGAAUGGUCAUGGUUUUGUUCAGUGAUAGUUUGAAAACAGAUGCUCUGAUAGUUUUUGUUGGAGCAUUGACACUAUUUUAUUGGUUUAUACGACGGAAUUACACGUACUGGGAACGCAAAGGUUUCAAAACACUGCCCGGUUGUAAAUAUUUCGUGGGACAUUUCAAAUCGACGGUCACACAAAUUGAAUCAAUAUCGAAUAUAGUUUUGAAAUUGUACGAAACAACAAAUGAACCGUUCAUUGGAUUUUAUAGUUUAAUACGUCCAACGCUCAUGAUUCGUGAUCCGGAACUUGCUCGUUUGAUUUUGAUCAAAGAUUUUUCGCACUUCCCACACCGUGGCAUUCAUUGCAAUGAAGAUUAUGACAUACUUUCGGGAAAUUUGGUAUCACUGCCGCCUGAAAAAUGGCGAAACUUACGAGCGAAACUCACACCAACAUUCACAUCGGGGAAAUUGAAAGCGAUGUUCCACACACUGCUCGAUUGUGGCUCAACGCUACAAAGUCAUUUGGAAAAGUUGGCCAAUAACGGUGAAUUGCUCGAUGUACGAGAAAUAGCGGCAAGUCACGCAACAAAUGUCAUUGCAUCUGUCGGUUUUGGCAUCGAUGUUGAUUGCAUUAACGAUCCCAAUAACGAAUUUCGUGUGAAUGGUCGUAAAAUUUUCGAAUCAACCAUCAUAAAUGCAGCUCGUCGGCUAGUGAGUGUUUUGUUUCCAACUCUAAUGGAUGUGCUACGAAUAAAAACGUUUCACUCAAGCAUUGAACGAUUCAUUGUAUCGAUUGUAAAACAAAAUCUCGAUUAUCGUGAACAAAAUCAUGUAAUUCGCAAAGAUUUUUUCCAACUUUUAAUUCAAUUACGGAACACCGGAACCGUGCAAUUAGACGAUGAUCAAUGGGAUACGGUAAUUAAAACCGAUGAAAAACAAAAACAAAUGACAUUGAACGAAAUCGUUGCGCAGUGUUUUGUGUUUUUCGCUGCAGGUUUUGAGACAUCUUCCACCACACUAUCGUUCUGUUUGUAUGAAUUGGCGAAAAAUUCAGAGAUUCAACAACGAGUGCACGAUGAAAUCGAUCAUAUUUUGCAGAAAUUUGAUGGACAAAUAACUUAUGAAUCCAUUUCAGAGAUGAAAUACUUGGAAACUUGCAUCGAAGAAACGCUGCGAAAAUACCCGAUUGUUGCCGCAUUACCACGAUCAUGUGCAAAAGAUUAUCAAAUACCGGGAACAGAUAAAAUCAUUGAGAAAGGCGUCGAAGUGAUUGUUCCAGUGGCUGGAUUUCAUAAAGACAAACGAUACUAUGAAGAUCCCUAUAAAUUCAAUCCGGAUCGAUUUAACGAAGAAAAUUCGAAUGGAAAAAAUCAAAUCAAUCGCCCGUACUAUCCAUUUGGCGAUGGACCUCGGAAUUGCAUUGCAAUGAGAAUGGGGAAAAUGCAAACUAAAGUCGGACUCGUUUUAAUGUUGCAAAAAUUUCGAUUUGACUUAUUAGAAAAUAAACAAAAAUAUAAGGAACUGGAUUUUGACCCGAAAUCCAUUUUGCUGGCACCAAAAUCUGGAAUUUAUCUCCGAAUUUUUAAACGAAUCUAAACAUUUCAAGUGCUCUUCUCGACAUUUUUUUCCGUAUACACCAUCAAUUA